AUGAGACAAGCAGCCUUUUUCUUGUGCCCCUCACCGAGCAGCUGCAGCGGGUCACAUGGCUGGGCAGCCUGCAGCUCUCCCGUGCCUGCGGAUGGGUUGGUUGGCUUUUGGUCCGGUGCUGGGAAUGCCACCCAAUGGGCCGGCGAUUACCGUUGGAUGAACGCCACGGUGAGUGGCGCGACAAGGAUUGCCGACGGCUUUAACAUGACGGGGCCCGCGUCACGGAUUGUGCGGCCAGUGAUUGAGCGGGCGGGGGCCCCGGCGUACAGCUUUGGUGGGCGUGAGCGUGGGCUGGCACGUGCAGGAGCUGAGCACGAGCUACGACGGGAAGAAGCGCUGGCGGACGGGCGGCGGUCGGGGUCGUGGCUUUGCGUAAGUCUCGUGUGGAGGCCAUCGAGGGGUGGGACAGAGAGGCGGCGGUGCCGAAGGGCCCUCUAA